CACGUGCAAAGUGGAAGGGAAAAAAAUGGCUGAUGCUGCCAAGGCAGCCGAGCUGAAAGACAAAGGCAAUAAAUUUCUCCAAGCUAACGAUUUCGCCAAAGCGAUCGAGUGCUACACUGAGGCGAUUUCACUUGACCCGUCAAAUCAUGUGCUCUACAGCAAUCGAUCGGCUGGAUAUGCUAAGGAUAAAAAGUAUGAACAAGCCUUGAGCGACGCCAAAAAGUGUGUGGAAUUGAAGCCAGAUUGGGGAAAGGGCUACUCUAGGCUUGGUGCAGCUUUGUCCUUCCUGAAACGCUAUGACGAGGCAGAAAAAGCAUACACCAAAGGACUUCAGCUAGACCCUGAGAAUGCACAACUAAAAAGUGGUUUAGAGGAAGCCCGAGCUAUGGCGCAGCGCAACAAUCCUAUGACAAAUCCAUUUGCAAUACCAGACUUAUACGUUCGUCUUGCAACUCAUCCUAAAACCAAAGCUUUUCUGGAUCAGCCUGACUACAGAUCUAUUGUUGAGGCUCUUAGGCAAAACCCUCAGAUGCUUGGAACAUAUCUCCAAGACCCCAGAAUCAUGCAAACAGUGGCUAUACUGCUUGGGAUUGAAUCUGAAGUUGCAGACAAUGAAGAGCCUGCAUCAUCAUCAUCAUCAGAAGAAAAACCAGCUAGUGAGCCAAUGGAAACAGAAAAACCACAACCAGAACCUGAACCAGAAGUUGAUACUUCAGUCCAAAAGUCUUUGGAGGAGAAGGAAUUGGGAAAUGCUGCAUACAAACGGAAAGACUUUGAGACAGCUCUUGAUCAUUAUGGAAAAGCUAUUGAACUUGAUCCCACAAAUAUGAGCUUUCUCACCAACAGGGCAGCGGUCUAUUUUGAACAAGGAAGGUACGAUGAGUGCAUUGAACAAUGUCACAAGGCAAUCCAAGUGGGAAGAGAAGGAAAAGUGGACUAUAAAUUGAUAGCUAAAGCUUUCGGCAGGAUAGGAAAUGCCUAUUCCAAGCAGGAAAAACUCAAAGAAGCUAUUGAAGCAUAUAACAAGUCUUUGAUUGAGCACAGGUCUGCUGAUGUUUUAAAGAAGCUUCAGGAGACAGAGAAAGCAGUGAAGGAGAAAGAGAGACUGGCUUACAUUGAUCCACAGAAAGCAGAGGAAGAGAAAGAGAAAGGAAAUGUGUUAUUUAAAAAAGGGGAUUUCCCAGAGGCACUGAAGAAUUAUAAAGAGGCCAUCAAAAGAGACCCAAACAAUCCAAAACUUUACAGUAACAGAGCAGCUUGUUAUCAAAAAUUGGCUGCAUUUAACUUAGCUUUGGAGGAUUGUGAUAUGUGUAUCAAGUUGGAUCCUUCAUUUGUUAAAGGAUACACAAGAAAAGGAGGUGUCCUGUUUGCACUGAAGAGAUUCAGAGAUGCUCAGAAAACCUAUGAGAAAGCUUUGGAACUGGAUCCUGAAAAUAAGGAAGCACAUGAAGGCAUAAGAGCAUGUAAUUCAGCAGUGAUGCAACAGCCCACAGACCCAGAGGAAAUAAGACAGCGAGCUAAUAAUGAUCCUGAAAUACAGGAAAUUCUCACCGAUCCGGCUAUGAAAAUUAUACUUGAUCAAAUGCAGGAGGAUCCUAAAGCUGCCCAAGAGCAUCUCAAGAAUCCAGAGAUCCGUAGCCGAAUACAGAGGUUGUAUGAAGCAGGAAUCCUGAAGAUUCGCUGAUUAAUGUUCCUUGUUGUUCAAGUGAAAUUAUGAAUAAAGAGGGAAGAUAUGGCAAGGAUUGUUCCAGGGCAAAGAUAGCAUCUCUAACCCAUGUCUGCUACAUUCUGAAUCAAAAGAUUGUCCCAAAAGGAGGCUGCUAUAAAACUACAAUAGCUCAACCUUGGCUAACAACGUUUGUCUGUUAGUGGUCUUUAAUAAUGUAUAUCUCUGACCUAUUCUUUUCUUUUUUUCCUUGCUAGUUAAUGUUUGAAGCUCUGUUUGAACAAGGCAUGGAAAUUUUUUUAGUUAUUUUUUUGGAGAAAUAGGAAAAGGAAAAUGGAAAAGAGGAAACAAAACUCCAAAAGUCAUAACUGAUAUAAACCACAUAGUGAGUAAGCUAAACCACAGCUGCACGUUUUGAAAAGAAAAACAAACAAACAAACAAAAGAAAACAAAAAAACUUACAUUUUCUUUGUGAUGUAGCCACAGUUGCAAAAGUUGUUAAUCAUUGAUUACUUGUUGAGGAAAAAAAGCUUUGUUUGCAGGGUUUUCACAUGUAUUAGUGGUAGAGUGGUGCUCAUUAAAGGUUUCCUACAGGGAACGUUA